UCUCACUUGAACGACUACCUAGCUCCAUUGGAAGUUUGGUGGUCUUAGAGGAGCUCAUACUUGAUCAUUGCACUUUAUUAAGGGAAAUGCCAGAUGAUUUCGAAGGACUCAAGUGCCUACGUCGCCUAUCUUUGCAAGAUUGUUUCUCACUUCCAUUCCUACCUGGUUCCAUUGGAAGGUCUGUAACAACACUACCAGAUGAGCUAGACUACUUAGAGUGCCUAAUUAACCCUUGGCAAUUGAAGUCUGUGUCCGAUCUUUCAAACUCAACAGCGUUGGAGGAGCUGAAUGUAGGAAACUGCCGGAAUCUCGCCACAAUCCCUGGCUUGCAGAAUUUGAGAUCACUAAAACUCCUAUACAUGAACGGCUGUUGGGAUCUUGAUGUCCAUAAGAUUUGGUCCCAGUUGAAGGAAGCAGCCUUUGAUGAUCUCCAGGCAUUUAGCAUCGGUUCGGCAGCAAGCAGAUCGGACGGGGACUGUGUGGAUCCAAUAUCUCUUCCGUUUCCGAGGGGAGGGUGCAUGAGGAACGAGCACCUGCAACUUGAAAAAAUGGACGUUUUUGUUUGGAAAAAUUUAGAGUCUGAAACAAUGUAUCUUGGGGACAGAGUCCAAGAAGACGAUAGCGUGCUAAAUGUUGGUGUAGCUGUAGGGUCAUGUCUCUUUCCAGCUGCUCGGCCCCAGAUGGCCCUACGAUUAAGGGCCUCACAGUUAAGGGAGGACUCUCAAGGCCGUUAUCGUAAGCGCUCGUACACAGUCAGGUUCGGGAAGGGCGAUGAGAUAAAUAGGCGCUUGAGGGUGGAGGCAACAAGUGUCCCAAUCCUACACAUAUCUUGCCAAGACCGAACGGUCCUUGUGAUGGAAGCUGCAGUAUGGAUUCACACUUGAAUCUGUUGUAUCCUUUAAAUAUUUACUCUCUUUUUUUUAAUGACACCGAGUAGAAGCGCCUGCCAGUUUUGAUGGCACCAAAAGUUCCAUAAUGUUACUAGUUCCUUUCCAUCACCAUCAUAUACAUCUUAUUUUUUCUCUUAUUUGAUUGAUGACCUGAAAUCAAGAAUAUCCUUACGACAUUACAACUUAGGUUCCACCAGCUGAUGCCUCUAGACUCCUAGGUUGCAUUUUUUAUAGACUUUGUUCUGAGUUCAGAGACCGAUUUUUAGAAACCGUUCAUACACAGCCACGUUGUGGAAGGAUCGUUUAUACGCACCAUGUUUGGGAAGGACAGUUAUUGGCGUUCACACACAGGCAGGUUUGGGAAGGACGAUGAGAUAAAUAAGCGCUUGAGGGGAGAGGCAACAAGUGCCACUGUGUUCGGCUUACACAUAUCUUGCCAUGACCCAACGUUCUGGAUGGUGCAAGCAAACAUAUCUUUUCGCACUUGAACUUGUUCCUUGUAUUAUUUAAAUAUUACCAUUUUUUUUUAAUGACACUGUGUUCGGCUUA